CACCUGAGUAAAGCCACUCCUUUCCCAGCACACAUGAGAGAUGGCUGAGUAAUGGAGGCAGGGAAAUGCAGUGAAACCCAAUUCAACUUUAAUAUCUGACAGACCUUUCGACAUCGACUCUGGUUUUGUUUGGAAGAAUAUUGAGAAUAGAAUAAUGGAGAUUAGGGACGUGUUGCUUUUGUUUAGAACCCACAACACCGCGGCAGCAAUUUCAGAGUAGGACUUUGGUUUUUUCUUUGACCCAAAUACCCAGUGAAGAUGUGGUCUAUGAAGGUCAUCAUCCUCCUCCUGUUCUGCUAUGCAUGUCUUUCAAGUGACAAUGGAAGAGUGCAUUUUGUCUCCAGGAACUUUAACAACACACUCCACUGGGACGCUGUGAAGCCUGCCUUCCCUGGGGAAGAGGUCCUCUAUAGCGUCCAGUACAGGAGUGAUGCUGUGGAACAGCAAUUCCAGAUAAAAGAGGACUGUCAGAACAUUACUGUUCUGUUCUGUGACCUGACUACAGAAACCCCAUCAGUUCCUGAUGUUCACUAUCAGGCUCAGGUGUAUGUUAAUGGUAACAUCCACGGCAGCACUAUCAGGUUUAAACCUAUAGCAGACACUAUGCUUGGUCCGCCCACCUUGUCUAUAAACACAACCGUGUCAUCCUUGAAUGUUAAUGUCACCCUGCCCUUGGGGCCAAACGGAGUCUCCAUUGCGGACAUCUUCAACACAAGCAAAAAUGGGCCCUCCACAAUUGUAACCCUUUAUAGAUUAUACAUCACUCACCCAAAGUGGGCUGCACGGGACAAUCAAUCCUCAACUGGCCAGUUCGUCAUUAAUUUGAAGAACAACCAAACAAAGUACUGUGGCUAUGUGGUCUAUAUGCCUAAUUUUGAAUGGGGUCGUUCAAAGAGUGAGAAGGCCUCCUUCUGUGUCACAUUGCCAGAUGAUCCUGUGAUGGUUGUGCCAUGGCUUCUCGUGAGUGUUGCUCUUCUGGUGGCCAUAGUCAUAAUAUCAGUUGUGUGUAUGUGCAACUAUGUGAAGGGCGGAAAGGAAAAGAGCAUGCCACAACAACUGCAGGCACCCAUAUCCAGCACUUCAGUCAGAAUAAUGCAGUCUCCGGAUGGGAAUAUCAACAUUUCCAAACCAAAGGUCUGUGUUCAAAGUGACCACACAGUUUACGCAACUAUCCAGGUGAAGCCAAAUGUGCGACCAAACGGGGUUGGAGGUUAUUCUCCCCAGGAUGUCCCCUGCCAAUCCUCGCAGGGCAGCAUUGGCUCCUAUGUGGGUAAAGGUGCACGCAGUCCGGUCCCAAAUCCAGAGGACACAAGCGCCCAGUCCUCAGAAAUCUACAGUGUAGUGGCUGUCCAUGUCCCUGCUGAAGAGAAUGAAAAUUUUCACCAGACUACCAUUGAAGACAGAGAAACCAGUAACCUACCAUUGUCUUCCAGGGGAGAAAGCUGGGAUAAAGCUGGAAUGGGUCCAAAGCAAGACUCACAUGAACUACGACCAUUACUCAAUCUGAAGACUUGUGAGAGCAAUCCAGACAGCCCACUGCUAUUAAAAACAGUGCGCAAUACCAACGGACAACUCAUGUUGCCUUUAUUCACCUUUCAGUUACAGAGCAGCACAGGUGACACAGUAUCACCCCUUAACUCAGAGAGAAAGCUCCUUUUAUCUGACCUCAUAGACUCCAACGAGGGGCCAUCGUUGGCAUCCUUGCAGAGCUUAGACAGCUCAGAGUGGUCAGACUCAGGGUGUGAUGAUAGCACUGUAAACACACCAACCCAGCCAUCCUGCAAAACGCAUUAUUUCCCUUCUCAACCAGCUGUUCCUGAUUUCCACCUGAGAUGUCAGAACACACCAUCCAAUAAUGCAGUAUUUGAAUCAGGUUACAAACAAAACUGGAUGCCUGAAACCCUUCUUGGAACUACAUACAAGGACAGUUGUGAAUACAGAAAGACAACCUUACCUUGGAUCAUGACUGGUCCUAGAAAGGAGGAGGAAGGUGAGGACGAGGAAAACAGAGGAGGAGAGGAGAGAUCAAGCCAAAUUCAUCUGGGAGGUUGGGUGGUACAAAUUCAAGAAUAAUUCUCCUCUCUCUAGCAUUAAAGACGUUUCAUUGCAGUACCCUUUUUCAUAAAACAGGGAGGAGCAAGCUGACGGGAGCACUGACAGGUGUUUUAGUGACAAUGCAGAUGAAUGGUGUUGCUGCGUGCUUUGUGCCUGAUGAUGCAGGAGCCUGUCCUUUAGAGAAAAAAAACAUAUAGGUUGUUUUCGCCACAAAAUGUUCCAACUCAUGUUCACAUUUAUUGUGGCAGCAUUUCUACUUGCCAUACAACGCAAACACAUGACAAACACGGACAUGUAUUAUAGUCAAAGUUAUACACCUGUUGGGUUAGCUACGUUAGCUUCGAAGCUACUAUGUUAGUAGUUACUAUUACAGACGUUGACAGCCCCCCGUAGCCCCUAACUCUUACCGUAACCAGAGAACCUAAACCUAAGUCAGUGAUUGUAUGCAUAUCAACUGGUGAACCCAACAGCUGUGCACAUCUGCAAGCAGUUUUUUAGGUUCAUAUGAGUCGUAUUUGGUUAAAACGACCUAUGUUGUCAUUUAGGUUGGAGGACUUGUUUGGAUGCAGACAGAUGUUUAAACUUUCCAUAAACAUUUAAAUACAUUUCAUUCCUACUUGUGAUAUACGUUUUGCUGUAAAUCUGACUUUAUUUAUUAAUCCACAAUUGUUGUAUAAUAUUAAAAAUAAGUAUGGAUAGUACGAAAUUUAGAGUUUACAUUUGAAGAAAUCAUUGUAUAUACUACAUUGUAAAGUCCUUGUUUACUUUGACAAGUCGUUGCUCCACUAAACAGAAUUUGUAUUUAAAUACUGCUGAAAACUGAAACCAAAGUUAACUUCUUCUUGUUAUGCGUCUAUGUUGUGUAUCACAAGCAGAAAAGGGAUUAUAGCAACUAUAAAGUUCAAAUCAUCCCUUAAUUUAAAUGUCUCAUAAUAUCAGGAUAUUCCACAUGGAUAUAUUAUUAUUUUUACAUGGUUAUGAUAGUCUAAAGCUCUGUUUAGACAGCUAAAAGCUCUCAUUUGUUUGCAUAAUGGAAAAAAAAAAAAAACCACACAACACACAUGAUCACACCAGUCAUGUUUGUACUUUAAAUGUGGACGGUCAGCCUUAAAGAUUAGAUAUGAAAACAAACCCGAUUGCCUUGUGGUUGAACAAAGCAUUAGACACAAUCUGACGUGUAUCUACGUUUUGAGCGGUUGGGAAAUGGGACUAGGAAUGACUGAAUUUCUACUAGAAAAUAUAUUCCUAUUUUCACACUUACCAACAUAUUUUUGUAUCAUCAGUGUGGUAUGAAGUACAUGGAAUGAUUGCAUCUAUACAGGAAAAAUACUUUCAGGGAAAGAAAAUACAGUGUGUUAAAUAUAUUAGAAGGUGUGGUCAAGGUGCAACCUAAGCCACACUGAUAAUGGAUAUGUUUUUAACAUCAGGUGUGUUGAAACAGUUUCAGUUACAUAUGGACAAAUUGUAGAGCACAAUACAGGUGAACUGUACAUGUAUAUUGUGGACAAAAGUGUCUGCUGAAUGAAUCUAAACAAAUAAAUGUAAUAAAAAAUUGCAAUUUGGUUUUA